UCAAACGGUUCAAAGAGGAAGGAAGAUGGCGGAUAACAAAGGCGUAGAGGAUAUAGAGAGUCCCGCUGCCAUGGAGCCAGCACCACAGAAAGAAGACAGUGGAGACUCCUCGGCGAAAGAGCAGGAUGCAGUCAUAGUUAUAGAACCAAAUACGAAGGACGAAGAGGAUGGACAUUCGCAGGGGAAUACGUCUCAGGUGCCGACACCCACUAGCGCAGGCGGCGAAGGCAGCGGCAGCGGCAGCGCAGGGGCAGGAGGGGAUGGCAGUAGUAGCAGCAGUCCAGCGGGGACCGCUAAUGCUGAAACUAAUGAGCCCCCGGCUACAGGAGAGACCGCUGGUACUGCCGGGAUCUCGCCAGCUCCUACUACAGAGAUGUCGCCCUCUCCACAAGCUCUAGCAGCGCCCCCCAACACUCCAGUAAACCUUCUAGAUACGUGUGCCGUCUGUAAACAAAGUCUUCAGAAUCGCGACUGUGAACCCAAACUCCUCCCGUGCCUCCACUCUUUCUGCCUUCGAUGUAUUCCUCAGCCCGAAAGGCAGAUCAGCGUGCAAGUGCCCGGGCCCCACGGACAGGACACCCACAUAGUGAAUGUCAUGCGCUGCACUGUGUGUCACCAAGACUACAAACAGAAUGAUCUGGUGGACAACUACUUUGUAAAGGACACAUCAGAGGGUUCUUGUGGCUCCGAUGAGAACUCUGUCCAGGUCUGCACCAGCUGUGAGGACAACGCCGGCGCUGUGGGCUUCUGUGUAGAGUGUGGAGAGUGGCUGUGCAAGACCUGCAUUGAGGCUCACCAGAGGGUAAAGUUCACCAAGGACCACAAAAUCCGCAAGAAGGAGGAGGUCUCCUCAGAAUCGGUGGAGACCUCGGGCCAGCGGCCUGUGUUCUGCCCCAUCCACAAGCAAGAGGCACUGAAGCUCUUCUGCGAAACGUGCGACACCCUCACCUGCAGGGACUGCCAGCUGCUGGAACACAAGGAGCACAGGUAUCAAUUCCUGGAGGAGGCCUUUCAGAACCAGAAAGGAAUAAUUGAGACCUUUAUGGCAAAGCUGCAGGAGAAGAAGACUUACGUGCAGUACUCUGCCUCUCAGGUGCAGAGCAGGAUAAAAGAGGUGAAUGAGACUCACAAGAAGGUGGAGCAUGAAAUCAAAAUAGCAGUUUUUACGCUCAUCAAUGAGAUCAACAAGAAGGGCAAAUCUCUACUGCAGCAGCUGGAGAACGUGACAAAAGAGCGGAGCAUGAAGCUGCUGAGUCAGCAGAGGGACAUCAACGUCCUGGCCCAGCAAAUCUCACACGUUCUCAGUUUCACCCACUGGGCCAUCAGCAAUGGCAGCAGCACUGCCCUGCUCUACAGCAAGCGUCUGAUUACCUACCAGCUACGAUACAUCCUGAAGGCUCGACUGGACCCUGUCCCUCCGGCCAAUGGUGCUGUGCGCUUCUUCUGCGAUCCCACAUUCUGGGCCAAAAAUGUGGUCAACUUAGGUAACCUAGUGAUUGAGAAGAUGCCUCCCUCAGUGCACCCACCCAAUGUGAUCGUAGGACAGGUCUCCCCAGGCCAUGGGCACGGUGGCAAGCACCCAGGGCAGAUCAACCUGGCCCAGCUGCGGCUGCAGCACAUGCAGCAGGCUGCUUAUGCGCAAAAGCAGCAGCAGCAGCAACACCAGCAUCAGCACCAGCAGCAGCAGAUCCAGCAGCAGAUGCGCAUUGCAUCCCAGAUGGUACAGCACCCCAGGCAGGGCGGCCCUCAAAUGGUCCAGCAGCAGCCCCCUCGCCUUAUCAGCAUGCCGUCACUGCAGAGGGGGGGUGUAAAUGGCUCGUCGCACAUGUUUCCCUCGCAUUCCCUGCGCAUAGGCCCUGGUCAGGGCCGCAUGCAGCCCGGCCAGCCCCCCCGCCACAAUGGACAGCAGUACCCCAUGAUGCAGCCGCAGCUUCAGAGACAGCACUCAAACCCAGGUCACGCAGGGCCCUUCCCAGUGGCUUCACUGCACAAUGCCAGUGUGGCCAACCCCACCAGCCCCACCAGUGGGAGCAUGGCAGGUGGUCUCACACACCGCGGUCCCACCAGCCCACUGGUGGGCACCAUUGAACUCAUCCCCUCAGUCACCAACCCUGAGAACCUGCCCUGCCUCCCUGACAUCCCCCCCAUACAGCUGGAAGACGCUGGCUCCAGCACUUUGGACAACUUGCUGAGCCGCUACAUAUCUGCCAGCACGCACCCCCCCCUCGGUCCGGCGGCCAGCAUGAACCCCUCCCCCGGGCCCUCCACACACUCACCUGGGUCUUCAGGUCUGUCUAACUCCCACACGCCAGUUCGGCCGUCCAGCACGUCGAGCACAGGGAGCAGGGGCAGCUGCGGCUCUGCGGGAAGGGUUGCCCAGAUGGGUGUGGCCGUGGAGCAGGUGAAGGUCAAACAGGAACCUGGAGUGGAAGAGGAUUGUGGUUUCCAGGGGCCGGCUGUUAAGGUGGAGCGCAGCAAAGAUGGGGCGAGGAGCGCCUGCAUGAUGAGCAGCCCCGAAAGCAGUCUGACUCCGCCCCUUCCGGUGCUGGGAGCUGUGUCCACCGGCUCCGUGCAGGAUGUACUGAAGACGCUCGGGGAGAAUGUGAAGGCGGAACCACGGGAUGAAGAAGAAGGCGGGGCCUGUAGCAGGACGGGGGGCGAGCCGUCAACUAAAGGGAUACAGACCAAGGCACAGGCAUCGGCUUCAGCAUCGGCCUCAGCAUCGGCCUCAGCAUCGGCCUCAGCAUCGGCCUCAGCAUCGGCGGCGACGGCUGAGCCCCCGCCUGAGGAGAACACUCAUCCCGCCAUACCCAAACUGACCAAUGGAGACGCAGAGUCAGGGGAAGCAUGUAGUCUGGGCUCCCCCCCAAUCACGUGCUCUGCACGCAGCACUAGUGGGGCACAGGGGAACAGCCACAAGGACCCGGCUGGGAAGGACGACGAUCCCAAUGAGGACUGGUGUGCUGUGUGUCAGAAUGGGGGCGAGCUGCUCUGCUGUGAUAAGUGCCCAAAGGUCUUCCACAUCACCUGCCACAUCCCCACACUAAGCUGUUCCCCAAGCGGUGAUUGGCUGUGCACCUUCUGCCGCAGUCUGACGGCUCCUGAGGUCGUGUACGACUGUGACGGGGAGAAGCAGAAAGACAGCAGUGAUCAGGGGCUGAGUCCCGAGGACCAGCGGAGGUGUCAACGCCUCCUGCUAUACAUCUUCUGCCAUGAGUUGAGCGUGGAGUUCCAGGAGCCUGUUUCCUCUUCUGUGCCCAACUAUUAUAAGAUCAUCAAGCAGCCCAUGGACCUGAACACAGUGAAGCAAAAGCUGCAGCAGCUGCAGGACUCCCAACACUACCGCACGCCGCUGGAGUUCGUGUCUGAUGUCAGACUGGUCUUCAGCAACUGUGCCAAAUACAAUGAGAUGUCUCGAAUAAUCCAAGUUUAUGAUGAGGAGAAACAGAUUAAUGUCCAGGCAGACUCUGAGGUGGCAGAGGCAGGGAAAACUGUGAGCCUGCACUUCGAGGAGAAGCUGAAGGAGCUCUUCCCCGACCGCACUUUCCCCCUGAUGCCAGAAGGUGAGCAGCGCCCCCCAGAGGAGGACGAGGACGUCACAGAGGACUCAGAUGAUGACUUUGUCCAGCCGAAACGCAAGAGAUUAAAGCCUAAUGAGAAGCCAAUGCACAUUAAAUGAAGUGUGCCAUGUCCCAGCUGAGAGAUCCUGAAGAGAAAGCUUAACACAACCCUCCUCACUGUCAGACUGAGAAGGGAGCUCUGACAGUGUAUUGAUCUGUUUGACAGAUUUUUUUAUAUACCGUGUUAUAAAUUCCAGUAAAUCAGGAUGUGAAAAAGUAAUGAAUUUGUGGCAGCAAUUGACUUUUGAUUGCUUACUGGGAAAGAUUGUGUUUCCUCUUCUGAGGAAAUCUAUGGAUGUUAUACAAGAUACUGCUUGUACAGAUUUAAAAGUUAUGUUUUUGGCUAGUUAAAUUAAUAUGUUCUUUUUUAUCAGGUAUGAUAAUGUUUGUAAAUCUGUUGUGAACUAUGCUUUAUAAAAUAUCUGAAACUCAUCUUCCAGUUCUUCAAUGUACUAUAAAAUUUAAAACAAAUUACCUACCAGGUAUUCCUUUGUGUGUUCUAUUAUUUUUUUCUGUAUAUGAGUACAAACAGAAAGCUAGUGGUUGCAGUGGAAAGUAAUCACAUUGUUUGGACAUUCAUUUCAAUAAACAUUGUUCUUCAAACAGUUA